CACAAGAUUUACAGCAAGAGUUAUGGAACUGACAACGCCAAGUUCACGCACCACAAAAACGCCAUUCUGUAUUCCGCGGUGACGGAGAUGCAGGGAACGCUGUGCUAUUUGUCGCUUCACGACAACCGCCACCUCCGGUACCUGAGAGGCCAUUCGAAGCCUGUCUGUGCGAUGGACAUUUCACCGAUUGACGACGCUGUCAUCAGCGGGUCUCUGGACAACACCGUGCGCCUCUGGGACCUCAGGGUGUCCGAGUGCGUGGCGAAGAUCAGAUACGCCCCGACGCCGAGGCCGUGCGUCGCGUUCGAUCCGAUGGGCGUUCUGUUCGCCUUGACGGCGCCCCCGAACGUAUUGAAGUUGUUCAACCUGAAGCAGCUCGGACUGGGUCCGUUCGACGAGUUCUGCAUUCCCAUUCUCGAGUCGUUGGAGCCCAAUUCUUCCAUCGAGCCCGCGCAGUUGUACGCCACGUCGUGCACGUUCGACCCCAGUGGCUGCUUCGUCAUGAUCAUGUACAACGAUGGGUCGGCUUACGUCUUAGACGCGUUUACAGGAGAAACAAGACACAUCUUCCGAACGAGUCGAGAUCGGCGCAUUCUGGACGCUCGCCUCGGUGGCUGCUUCACCCCGGACUCCCAGUACGUCUUGAUGGGGACAGAGACGGGAAGCAUCUAUUGCUGGAAAAUGGAGACCGGAGAGUUGGUCCACAAGUGGACCAACAUUCAUCCGGGGCCGAUUUGCUGUCUCGAGUUCAACCCGGCAUACUUCAACAUGGUCGCAUCGUGCAACCAUUUGUCCAUGUGGCUCUCAGACGAAAACAAGCUUCGCGACGAGGCGUGAGGGGGUACAAGUCGGGUCACGAACGACUCUCCCCCCCUCGAUCCAGAAAGCGACUCCGUCACCGCCGGUCAAAAAAAAAAAAAAAACACCAAUUCCACGUGCCCCCCCCUUUGAAACGAAACGCGAAGUCUGGUGGUAUUCGACCGUUUUUCUCCGACUACCUUCUCUCCAGACUCCUCGUCCGUUCUCUACGAGCCCGGCCUCGGAGGGUGGCGUUCAGACAUCCGUGCCGUCGCUCCCUGUCCGGCGCGCCACAAUAGGCGCGCACCUCCUCCUCUGUCGACAA